GGGGGACAUAUUUGUCUGUCUAGAGACGUGUUUCACCUCGCACCACUGCUUCUCUCUUCACUCUCUCUGCUCACACGUGUUGUCUACCACCACUUACUCUCUAUCCAAGUAUGCUCCCCUUCAAGGCAGCUCCGGGUCAGUUUGGUCCCGAGGUCCGGGAGCUGGGCCUUCGAGUGUGGAGGGUGGAGAAGAUGAAAGCGGUGCCGCUGGAUGCCUCCGAGUUAGGAGCUUUUUACAAUGGAGACUCCUACCUGGUGCUGAGUAACCACGGUCCAGGAGAAGUCCAAAUCCACAUCUGGUUAGGCGAGAAGUCGUCUCGGGAUGAGCAGGUGACGUGCUGCGUGCUCGCCACGCAGCUCGACAACUUCCUGGGCGGUGAACCGAUUCAGCACAGAGAGGUUCAGGGCAACGAGUCCAUGGAGUUCAUGUCUCUGUUUCCCAGAGGGGUCAGCUACAAGGAGGGUGGCGUGGAGUCGGGCUUCAGGAGGCCUCAGGGCUGCGGGACGGUUCAGAGGUUGUACCAGGUCAAAGGCAAACGAAACAUCCGUGCCAAAGAAGUGGAGCUGAGCUGGAGCAGCUUCAACAAAGGAGACUGCUUCAUCCUCGACCUCGGGGAGACCAUCGUGUCGUGGAUCGGGUCGCAGGCCAACAUCUUCGAGAAGCAGAAAGUGCGCGAGAUCGCCUCUCUGAUCCGUGACGCAGACAGACACGGGAAAGCCCGAAUCGUUGACACCAACGAGGGGGAGGAGCCAGAGGAGAUGCUCAAGGUCUUAGGAAAGAUGCCUGAGCUGUCAGAGAGCACAGAGGAAGACACCAAAGCAGACGCAUCAAACUCUGCCUCCCUCUUCAAGGUGUCCAAUGCGACAGGUUCCAUGACGACGACCAAAGUGUCGGAGAAGAGCCCGUUCGACAAAGAGCUGCUGGUUCGGGACGACUGCUUCAUUCUGGACAACGGCGCCAACGGGAAGAUCUUCGUCUGGAAAGGUAACGGAGCGAACGCCGAGGAGAAGCAGGUGGCCCUUCAGAUGGCGGACAAUUUCAUCGACCAAAUGCAGUACAACCGGAUGAAGACCCAGGUGGAGAUUCUGCCUCAGGGGAAGGAGACGAUCAUCUUCAAGCAGUUCUUCAAGAGUUGGAACUAAACGUUUGAGGGCAACAUUUGAUCUGCCCUGGAGGAGAAAAUGAAAAUCUGACAAACAUUUUUUUAUAUGAAUUGAGCGGCGAUGUACAUAUUUGUUAGGUACUGACACAAGCUUGUUUGGACUUGGUAGAAUCAGAAAUGUUACUUUUAUAUACAAAGUGUCAUGGUUGAAAAAACACAGAUAUAAAGAGCUUUAAAAAAAU